GCCGCCGCCCCGCAGCGCAUGCGCAGUGCAGUCUCGCAUGCGCGCCGCAGGUCAGCCUCGGCCGGAAGUCGUAUCUGGGCGGGGCGCGAACCUGUGGAGAUGAACCCUUUAACGAAAGUGAAGCUGAUCAAUGAGCUGAAUGAGCGUGAGGUCCAGCUUGGCGUGGCUGAUAAAGUGUCCUGGCACUCCGAGUACAAAGACAGCGCCUGGGUCUUCCUGGGAGGGCUUCCUUAUGAACUGACUGAAGGGGACAUCAUCUGUGUGUUCUCACAAUAUGGGGAGAUUGUUAACAUUAAUCUGGUACGGGACAAGACGACUGGAAAAUCUAAAGGAUUCUGUUUUCUCUGCUAUGAAGACCAGAGGAGCACAAUUCUGGCCGUUGACAAUUUUAAUGGGAUCAAGAUCAAAGGAAGAACUAUCCGAGUGGAUCAUGUGUCUAACUAUCGGGCUCCUAAAGACUCAGAAGAAAUGGAUGAUGUUACCAGAGAGCUCCAGAAUAAGGGCUGUGGGGUUCAAACCCCCUCACCGAACUCAUCUGAGGGUUCUGAAGAUGAAAAACCCACCAAAAAACACAAAAAAGACAAAAAGGAAAAAAAGAAAAGAAAGAAAGACAAAGAGAAGAAUCACCGGGAGGUACGAUCAGAGCAGCCAGCCUCCUCUUCAUCUUCCAGAAGCAAGAAGAUAAAGGAAAAGGACAACCCUGGCUCUAAAAAGCACAGCAGCAAGAACUCAGAGAGGGGUCCGAAGCCAGAGUCCAAGGAGGUGCAGAAGCACCACCCCAGCUCCCCUGAGGUCAGGAUGAUCUGCCUCAGGGACACAGGGGACCAAGAAAGGGGGCCAAAGAAGGAGAAGCCCAAGCAUGAGCACAAGUCCUCAAGCAGAGGGGAAGAAAGAGAAGAAAAGAACAAGGAUAGAUACAGAUGCCGAAGCUCAGACAAACAUUCUGGCCGACAUGAGGGGCGUUCUGAGGGUCAUAGCCAUAGAAGUAGAAGUGGGAGCGGAGAUAAAUCUUAUAGGCAUAAAAGGGCCCGGCACUCCUGGGACCCGGAGCCCUCGAAUCCCAGUGAUCGCAGGCAUCAUCACUGAAGCCACAGCCUUGGCAGCUGCUCAGUAGAAUUGGAAAUGCAGUUAAAUUCAGUUAUGCUUUUAGUAUUUCUGUAUGUAAAAUCUUUGAGGCUGAAUUAUUUAAUCCCUUGAGUGUUCGAGUCAUUGAGAGAGCUGUAGUUUCAACAGCUAAACGCCCUGGAUUUUUUAGCAAAAUCCAUUGUCCCUGUGAAUAUGCUUGGUACUUAUCAAAUGUGUACCUUAAAAUUAGGUUCAUAAAUAUGGCCCAUCAAUUUAUGAUGAAAUGGCCAGAAAAGGGGAAAUGCCAGGUAAUUGUAGAAUUCCAGUCUUCGUGCUAGAUGUUUAGAACCCUUGCAGUGAGCUUUCCAGUUGGCAGCUAGACCCAUAGAAAAGUGAAGCUUAACUAGGUUUGGACAGCUUGAUGUGAAUGUGAUAAUGAUUGAUAAUAUCAGCCUGCUCCCUCCCCACCGCUUCCUGUUUUUGAAAAUGUAAACAUCUACUUUUUUGCUUUUUUUUGGUUUUGGUUGAUAUAUGUUUCCAUAUUUUUUUC